AUGUCUAAAAUUGAAUAACGCUUUUUGGAAGUAGAGAAUGAAAUAGAAGAAUUCUUAUAUCUCAUAUUACUUUUUAGACUGGUUUCUCUAGAAUUGAUGAGUUAAUUGAUUCAUUAGUUCAUAUACCCUUUACAUAUAAGACUAACUAUGCAGAAUCACAUCUUUAGAUACCUUAGAUUAAUUAAUUCAAUAUAUCAGAAUUUAACUAUUCAUCAUAGAUGGUUGGAAGUGUGACCCCGUUGGUAAAGUAAAUUAUCAAAGAAGAAAUUGAAAUUGUUUAACAAAAUUUGAUUUAAAUAAAUAUCUAAAAAAAAUAUUUUAUCAGAAGGAAAAAAUGA